UCAAACGGUAACUUCGUUGUUGUUUAGUUCGUUGCGCGCUGUUUUAACCUCAAUCAGUAAAAAAUGAGUGCUUACACGGAUCCGCUGCAUUUAAAUGAGAGAACUUUGUUUCGUGAGUUGAAGAACAAUUUGGCAAAGAAUAUCAAAGACACGCGGAACAUUUUAGAAAUUCGUGACAACGUGUUAUACGUUUGGGACGCUAAGGAAUUCUGUGUGGUAACCUUAAACGUUGCGGUUACGUGUGGAAAAAAUGACGAAGACGUUGGUUAUCAGAAACUUCGUCCCACAGAUCCACCGAUCUUCGAAGUUAAAAAUCUGCUGAUCAACGAGACGGGCACGCAACUUGUGCUAUGGGGUAACAUGGGUAUAGUUCUAAUGGAGUUGCCUAAGCGAUGGGGCAAAGAAGGGCUAUUCCAAGACGGGAAAGAGGAGAUACUUUGUGUAAUGUACAAAUUCGAUCAUUUCAAUACGAAUACGGAAAUUCGAAAGGCAAGAUGGCAUCCUGGUUCAACGAACGAUUCCCAUCUUCUAAUUUUGACAUCGGAAAAUACAUUUUGUUUAUACGAAUGCGAACUCGGUAGCCCGCCGAGGCGCGUAAAGUACUGGAAAAUCGGGCGCAAGCCGUACAAUUCGCCAUCAAAGAUACCGGAUUUUUCUUCGUUGGGGGACACCGCGGUGGAUUUCGAUUUUGCUACGCCCACUUUACGCAAACCAGAAAUGUUUGCUGGUAAAGAUAUCAACAAGAACAUCAUGGUCGAUUGGAACCAGAUCGAAUGGCCCAUUCUGGUUCUUCGCGGAAACGGAGAGGUGCUAAUUGUCCGUAGCAACGUGUUGCUCGAUACUCAUGAAAACCCAGUGGUGUCAGGGACUCUCUCCAUGUAUCCCCAAGCCGACGACAAUUACGGGGUAGACUCGUGUUCCAUCAUGUGCAUACAAACUACGCCGCCCAUAGUGGUUAUUGCCAUGUGUAGCGGGAAGAUAUACCAUGCACUUUUAUUGAAGAAGGAAACGAACGACGAUGUUGAAAACGAAAGCAGAGAUUGGUUACAAUCUAAUUCCAUGUACAAUGUCCACACGUCGGAAGAAGCCCUCUAUGUCUAUGAGUGUGUUGAAAUAGAACUGGGACUUUUGUACGCGGAUAAUGAUAAGAAAUACAAUUGUCCAAUACAUCUUCGUUGUGAUAAGGGUAACAAGUCCAGAUAUUUUUGUUCUCACAACGCUGGUGUACACAUGAUCAGUUUGCCAAUGGUCCCUCAAUUGGAAGAAUACAUUAACUCUUCGGAUGAUAAUGAUGAUGCCCGUCUACCAUCAUUGUCGAAUCAGUCCAGCUCUCAGUAUCUAAUUUGUAGAAGAACUAAACAUACAGGAACAAACGAAGCCACACCGAUCCUUGGCUUCGGUCUUCUUCAAGAGCCGUGUGUCUUCGUCGCAUUGUUGCACACAGGUGAUGUAGUUGCUCGGUCUGUCAUCGAUCUGCACUAUUUUCCGAAAAUUGAACUACCGGAACCCAUUGUCACUACAGAAAAGAAGGUCAACAACGAAGCGUUCGACGUGUAUAUAAAAAAAUUACUAAAACGUGAGACCUCCCAGCCCAUCAUAAAAAUUGGAUCAAAAUCGAUAUCGCCGCGAGAAUGUUUGCAGCUUCUGUAUUACGCGACCGAUAUCUUUCGCAAGGAACAUUUCACCAGACACGAUAAUGUCAGAGAGGAAAUCGGUAAGAAAGUGCGAGCGUUGAAAGUAAUGAAAACACAUCUACUAAAAGAACUGGACAAUUUAAUGGAAGCAAAGAAGGAAUUGCAGCAAACUGCUGAACGUUUGGCUGAACGAUAUGAAGACAUUAAAGACGAACAGGAACAAUUGGCACAAAGAGCAAAAGAAGUAUUGCGAUUAGUAAAUUACAAGGAACCAUCUAUAACUCCUGUCGAAAGAGCAGAAGCUGAGGAGUUAAGGAAAAUGGAGAUAAAAAUAGAGGAAAUGAAGAUUAGAUUAUUAGAACUGAAGAAAAAAUCAGAACAGCAAUCGCAGCAUAUAGAAAACAGCGAGUGUAAUGAGAAGAAAAAAGAAAUUGUUUUCAGAGGCGAUCAAGAAAGAACAAUGAAAAAUACACUUGGACAAAUGGCAAAAGAAAUUAAAGAAUUAAUUGCUGAGGUUAAGAAACUAGAAGAGGAAGUGAGUACCUAAAUUAGUUAAUUAAUAAAAUAUUACUUAUAUUAUUUGUAAAGCUUUAUUAAUCUAAUUUGAAGCACAGGAUUUUGGAUAUAAUAAAAAAAUGAUUUUAUUCACAAAAUAAUUUAUUACACUAGAUAUACAUAUACAUUAUAUUUAACCGCUGUACUUAAUGGAAUACUUUAUACAAUAAUGUCCUCUUUUUUAGAAAGAUUUGUUCUAAUACGAAUGCAUAAAUUACCUGGAGCAUAAACAUAUUUCAUUAAAAAAUUCAUUCAAACAUAUUUCAUUAGAAAAUUGUUAAACAUCAAUAAUAGCAC